CUCACCACGAUGGAAAGCGUUUUUCGGCUUAUCAUACGCACGACUACCGCAUCCGAGUACAGUGCUUUAACAUCGUAUACCGACGUGGAAUUAUUACUAUUUUACAUCGGAACAAUGUGCGAAUUCCACGAUAUCAUAAUAUUAUAGUCACGUCGUCCAUACGUUAUACACUAGCGAUUAACUGCCAAUUAAUUCGCGUGUGAUUUAUAUGUACAUUGAUGCGCACGGUACAGGAGAUAAUCACACCACUAAUAUUCGAUCAAAAUGCGUUCAGUUGCACUGACAGUAUGGUUUUUUUUAAACGUCGUACUUUUAGGCAUGUGCGGAUACAUCUAUCUACUUUGGCUACAAUAUUGGCGUCACAUAAGCGUCAAAAAUCAACAAUCUCAAGAGUUGACCUACACACAACAGCAGCCUUACGUCGAGUAUUAUGACGAAGGCGAUUUCACAACCGCUCAUCAAAGAAACGGAAAUCCAUUAAUGCGAAUUAGUGAAGCUCUUCUAGAUAAGACGGAAAAAAUCAGGUUAUUUAAUUUCAAAAAUAAAAUUAUUGCCCGUCUAAGGCAGGUAAUAAUGAAGGAGAGUAGCAAUUACGGGUCCGUUAAAAACGAGAACCCUUACAAUGUUCCGUAUAGACCGCAAGCACCGAAUAACGUCAAAAGCGACUGGACGUGCAAUAUGGCUUCUAGUGUGGAGAAAUUUAGAACAUUAGAAAAAAAUGACAUUGAUCAUUUGUUGACCAAAAAUAUUCCGGAUGUACCGCUAUUUGACGAUAACGAAGUAUUCGGCACUUGUGCAAUCAUAUCCAAUGCGGCUACACUUCGCAAUUCAAAUCUCGGACACUUUAUAGACCAACAUGACUUGGUGUUGCGGUUCAAUAACGCUCCGACAAAAGGAUAUGAAAAAGAUGUUGGCUCAAAGACAACAAUACGUAUUUUAAACUCACAAGUUGUCACUAAACCACAAUUUCAAUUUGUAUCAUCACCAUUAUACAAACGGCUCAAACUUUUGAUGUGGGAUCCAUCAAAUUACACAUCUUCAAUUGACGAAUGGAUUAAGAGUCCCGAACAUAACUUUAUAAACAAUUACAUAUCAUUUAGAAAAUCUAAUCCGAAGUCAAAUUUUCAUAUUGUUCAUCCUCAAUAUCUGUGGCGUCUAUGGGAUUACAUACAAGAUCAUACUACAGCUCAUAUAAGACGUAAUCCUCCAUCUUCGGGAUUUUUAGGAUUAGCAAUGCUGUUGCCGCGAUGCACGGUCGUCAACAUGUUCGAGUUCAUACCGUCCGAAAGAAUGACACACCGAUGUCAUUACUAUCACGAAAAAGUCGACGUGACGUGUACAUUUGGGAUUUGGCAUCCGCUGGCGGCCGAAAAACUCCUGAUGCUGACGGCGAACACUAUGCCCGAUCAGACGGUAUUCCACACAGGGUUCCUCUCCAUCCCCGGUUAUAAGUCUCCGAUAUGUACUUCGCUAUAGUGACUACGGAGUACGGAGACAAUAUCGUUGCGCACCGUUAUUACGAUCAUUUUAUACUAUUUUUUAUAAAUUCGCGUAUAUACAUUAUAUACAGUCAUAUAUAAUAUAGGUACACAUAACACAUAUGGUAUGACAUUGCCAUCAUAUAUAUGAUAAUAACCUCAACACGCGUAACUAUCAUUAGGUACGUAACGGGGAUGUUAUAAUAUAUAUAUACAGUAUAUUGAUUCAGCGUACACAGUUAUGUUGUCCAUAUUAUAGACUAUAGAGCAUUCAUUUCGUGUUUUGUUAAUACGAUUUGUACUAUGACGUACAAUAUCCUUAACUGAUCAACUUCGAACUUAUAUUAUCUCUGAACAAUAUUUACUAGUAGAUUAGGUAAAUAAUACAACACGAAGUCUGACGUUGUAAUUUUUUUAUUAUUAUUGUAAAGAAACGAAAUAUUAUCUUAUAGUUUUUAUAGGAUUGAUACAUAAUAUAUUAUUAGGUAUCUUAUAUUAUAGGUACUACCGUGAAAAUGGCAGCAAAAUUUUUCUGUAUUUCAUCCGGUGUUUAUAUUAUUAAAACAAUGGAUAAUGAUUAAUCUGUUUUGAAAAAAAGAAAUGUAUAAUAUUUUAUUAUAUAUUGUUGGGAUUACUAUAUAUAAUACCACAGUAAUGGUGUAUGCUAUAAUAUUUUACUAUUAUUUCAUCGACAUUAAAUUAUUAUAUUGUUGUCGUUUUCAAGAGCCAUCCGAAUUCCGAUCUCAGUGUUUGAGUGAAACAAUAACUUCUACACAUAAUGAGUAAUGACAAUAACACGACCGUGUACGGUUAUAAUAAUAUAGAAAUAAUUUCGUAAUAUUUUAUUCAAAAUUACAUUUUAAUGUGUAUGAUGGUCAAACAGAUUACUCGAAGCGCGCGUGACCUAUGGUAGUAAAUAGUAAUAUAUGUAUACAGCCCGAGAACUAUUAUUCACUAUUCAAUCUAUAUCUAAUAUAACUAUACAGACGUAUAUUAUAAAUAUUAUUAUGAGAAAAACAUAAAUAAGAUAACAUAAUUUUUUGUUGUUAUUAAUAUGCUAUACAACUAUACAAGCAUCUUUUAUCUAUGCGCACAAAUUCACAUUUUUUAUAAAAAUUUUAUUAUAAUUUACAAUCUCGAAGUAAAAAUUUUGAUUAUAAUAAAGUAUUUAUCAUUACAUUCGAUUAUACAAUUUAUUUAUAAAAUAAAUUAAGUUUAAUUUUAAAAUAACGUAACUUAUAACUAUUAUUAGAAUAUGGUUAGUAAGUACCCAACACAACUUCUAUACAAUUAUAAGUUAACAUUAAAAACAAACCUAAAAAAAAAUACCAAGUGUGGCUAUGUACAAAAAUCAAAAAAUAUGUAACAGUUAGUGCAUAUUAUUUAUUAAUUUAUUCAUUAUUUAAACUUUAAGUAGAUAUUUUGUGUAAAUUCAAUAGAAAAUUUUACUGUCUUUAAGCCACAAGGUAUAAAUCCUUCACAUACCUGUAUGGCUGUAUUAUACAUUUUUCUCAAAAACUAUUUAUAAGUUUUAAAAAAUUCUGUACAGCCUAGGCGUGUAGAAAUCUAAUCAAAUACCAUUUGUGUCUUAUAAUGUCUUGUCAAUAUUUUCUAAUCAACAUAAGGAAUAAUUAUUUAUUUAAAAUAUUUUUUGGAAACUCUUUACGACAAACUAUAAAGAACAUCAAAAAAACCUUUGUGUAUAAGGUGUAAGUUAGUAACAGAAUAAUUUCAUCUUUCAUUUAGGUCAUACAAUAUUAAUUUUUGUCAGCUCAUAUUUCUUAUUGUAUAUAACAUUUUA